AUGUGGAAGAUUCUUGAAGCUAGUGAAUUGGUUCAAAAAACUCUGCCAGAGACAACCGGACUUCGGAUGUUAGACCCAAUGAAAGAGAUUCCGCAUGAUGAUAUGGUGAAAUUGCUGAAACUUUGUUGGGAAUGGUGCCGUAACCCAAAUUUGGUGAUGCAAUUUGGCAACGUGCAAGCUAAGAUUGAAUUUGGCUGA